CCUAAAAUUCCGAAGCUUUUGUUUUCUCGCUUUAACGACAGUCGCCGAGUGAGAGAGAGAGAGAGAGAGAUAGAGAGAUAGAGAGAGAGAGGAGGAUGCCGCUGCACGAUGAGCAAGAGCACGAGGUGUACGGUGGAGAGAUCCCUGAGGAGGAAGAAGGAGAGAUGGAUACGGAGGAGUAUGAAGAACACGGCGGAGAAGAAGGCGCAGCCGCCGGAGAUGAGGAGCUUGAACCUGGUUCUAGCUCUAGGGAUUUAGAGGACAUGAAGAAGCGAAUUAAGGAGAUCGAGGAAGAAGCUGGGGCUUUGCGUGAAAUGCAAGCCAAAGCUGAGAAAGAUAUGGGUUCUGGUCAAGACCCUUCAAGUGGUAUUAGUGCAGCUGAGAAGGAGGAAGUGGAUUCUCGUUCAAUAUAUGUUGGCAAUGUGGACUAUGCAUGUACUCCAGAGGAAGUCCAGCAGCAUUUUCAAUCAUGUGGAACAGUUAAUAGGGUUACGAUUCUGACAGAUAAGUUUGGCCAACCUAAAGGUUUUGCCUACGUCGAAUUUGUGGAAGUAGAAGCCGUUCAGAAUUCUCUUAUUUUGAACGAGUCAGAACUGCAUGGUCGUCAGAUAAAGGUAUCUGCUAAGAGAACCAACGUCCCUGGAAUGAAGCAAUUCCGAGGAAGGCGUCCCUUUAGACCCAUGAGGGGAUUCAUGCCUGGACCUCCAUUUUAUCCUCCAUAUGCUUAUGGGAGAGUUCCUAGGUUCAGACGGGCCAUGCGUUACAGACCAUACUGAUUAAAGGCAAAAUUGGUGUUAAAAGUUAGCAGCUUGCCUUUUUGCUUCAGGAAGUGCUUUUUUAUCAUCAGCCUGGUUCAUCGUGUGCAAAAGUUGCUUCGAUUAACAAGAGAUGAUGUUGAAGAAUUUUAAAGAGGCAAAGAAGAAGAGAAUUAUGUUUAGAAUUUCUGUACAAUAUUUUGAUGAGAGAAGAGCAACAUUUUGAGUUCCUUUCGUUUUUAUCUUUCAACACUUUAGUCAUAAACUCAUAAAAGCUUUCUAUUGAGAAUGACCUCCACACUACUUGAAAAAAAAAUCUGAUUU